GGUCGUCCUCGGAUGCACAAAUGCCUCAAAUUAGGAGUUAGCCCAGCCGCUCGACGAAAGGGAGACGCUUCUGGGCUUCUACUCUCCUCAACUUGCUAUAUCUGCUCCAUAUUUUGCAGCGACCUUCCGUUUCGUCCAUUCUCACAGAACGCUACGCCAUGGGCCAAGAUCCUUCACUACGUAACAAUCUUGCCACGGUGCAUCGUUACAUUACGACGCACAACAGCGAUGGCAAGGCCAUUUUCAGCGGCAGUCAACCCGAAACUCUAGAUCCGACGCCGUUGCCGGAUGGAAGGGCAGAAUUUCGUUUGGGAUUCGCAACCCACAAAUUUCCGAUUCAACUCACCGGGGACCCGGACCUGGGAUUCUAUGCGGACAAGCUGGCCAACCCGCCGGGCCUGAACCUCUCGAACGGCUCGGUACUCCGAUACGUGGACAUGCCUCCAAACUCAGUGUCGCCUAUGCAUCGAACGGUCAGUCUGGAUUAUGGAAUCGUCCUGGAGGGCCAGAUCAGCCUCAUUCUAGACAGUGGAGAAUCCAAGGUCAUGGAAAAGGGUGACUGUGCGAUCCAGCGAGGGACGAAUCAUGCAUGGCACAAUCAGCAUGCGACAGAGUGGGCGCGGAUGGUGUUCAUUCUGCUUCCCUGUUUUCCCAUUGAGAUACAGAACGCAAGAUUGGGGGAAAAUUUGGGAGAUAUGAACGGAGUUCCGGCCUCAACUUAA